AUGCGCGCAAGCCUCUUCGUGUUCCUGGUUGUACUCAGCUUCACUGUUUACUUCAGCGAUCUCACUCACGCCGAACGUACUGACACUGGAAUGGCCUUGAAAUCGGAUUCAAGUCGAGCUCUGCGAAACGAUAAGACGCCAGUUUCCAGUGAUGAUCAUCGCACUACUAACCACGAAACUGAAGAAAGGGCGUUAAUAAAUCUGGGCAGGUUGAAAAAAUUAUUCCAGCGCAACUCGAGGAAUGUACCGACCUUACGAAAGAACCCCACGACCUUGAAGGAGUUGGAGCGCCUGGAGAGCAAUCCUGCAAUCCAGAAGGGAAUCAAGAGUUUCAAAGAAAACCCUGAGAUGAUGAGAAGGGCCAAGACCCUAAGCAAAAACCCUAACUUCGUCAAGUCCUUGCUAAAAGCUGUGUCGUUUGGCAAAGACGACAAGUUAACUCCAAACCAGGGAGUGCUUCUUCUCCUGCUCUCCUUUUUUGGUGCUAUUGGAGCCGUAACGGGUCUAUAUCUUCUCGUCAAAUAG